CCUCCCUCGGCUUCAGAUGGGCGAGGACGCUGAGAGCCCCAAAAUCAACCACACCUUCCUGCGAGACUACGUCACUGAAGCUGAUGUCAUCUCUACGGUGGAGUUUAACCAGACAGGGGACCUGCUGGCCACGGGGGAUAAAGGUGGCCGAGUGGUCAUCUUCCAGAGAGAGACUGAGUCUAAAGGAGAGUCGGAAGAGGGAGGGGAGACGGGUGACUCUGGGGAGUACAAUGUCUACAGCACGUUCCAGAGCCACGAGCCGGACUUUGACUACCUGAAGAGUCUGGAGAUUGAAGAGAAAAUCAACAAGAUCAGAUGGUUGCCACAGCAGAAUGCAGCGCAUUUCCUCCUCUCCACCAAUGAUAAGACCAUUAAACUGUGGAAGGUGAGCGAGAGAGACAAGAGACCAGAGGGAUACAACCUGAAAGAUGAGGAGGGACGGAUCAAGGACAUCUCUACCAUCACCUCUCUGCAGGUGCCGGUACUGAAACCCACAGAUCUGAUGGUAGAGGUUCGUCCCAGACGAGUGUUCGCCAACGGACAUACCUACCAUGUUAACUCCAUCUCAGUCAACAGUGACGGGGAGACCUACCUGUCUGCAGAUGACCUCCGCAUCAAUAUGUGGCACCUGGGCAUCACGGACCGCAGCUUCAAUAUUGUGGACAUCAAACCAGCCAACAUGGAGGAUCUGACGGAGGUGAUAACAGCAGCAGAGUUCCACCCUCACCACUGCCACUUGUUUGUGUACAGCAGCAGCAAGGGCACCUUGCGCCUCUGUGACAUGAGAGCCUCCGCACUCUGCGACAGACACACCAAACUGUUUGAGGAACCUGAGGAUCCAGGGAGCCGGUCCUUCUUCUCAGAGAUUAUUUCCUCUGUGUCGGAUGUUAAGUUCAGCCACAGUGGACGUUACCUGCUGACCAGAGACUACCUCACCGCCAAGGUGUGGGACCUGAACAUGGACAAGGGCCCCGUGGAAACAUACCAGGUCCAUGAAUACCUAAGGAGUAAACUGUGUUCCCUCUAUGAAAAUGACUGCAUCUUUGACAAGUUUGAGUGUGUUUGGAACAGCUCAGACAGCGUGAUCAUGACAGGGGCAUACAACAGCUUCUUCCGGAUGUUUGACAGGGAGACGGGGCGAGGUGUAACCCUGGAGGCUUGGCGAGAAAGCAGCAAGCCUCGGGCCGUGCUGCGGACCCGCCGCGUGUACACCGGCGGCAAGCGUCGCCGUGGAGAUGUGGGCGUUGACAGCCUGGACUUUACCAAGAAAAUCCUGCACAUGGCUUGGCACCCUUCUGAGAAUAUCAUUGCCAUAGCAGCCACCAACAACCUGUACAUCUUUCAGGAUCGAGUCAACCCUGAGACGCAGGUGCAGUGACAGGGCUUGGAACAUGGACAGUGGCAGACACAGAGAAACACAAACAGCGACCCAAAUACAUUUGGAUGUCUUAGAGAUGGCAUGGGGAAUGGACAGCCCUUAUGAAAAGAUUAAGUCAGAGCCAAGCUGUUUCACAAAAUACUGCACCAUCUGUUUGUGUUGAUAGAAGGUCGGAUUAUUGCUAAAAUCACAAGACUGUUAAUAUAUUUGAUCCCCAAGGAAGGUGUAUAAUCAUUUUUGUUUGAUGCUGACACAAACUGACAUCUCCGGUACCCAUCAGGACAUGUUUUUGGUCCCUAUUUUGGAAGAUGUUUGUGUAACUGCUCCACCAUAGGGGCAGUAAAAGAGGUGCGGGGACACCUCUCCAUCUGCAUUGACUCAGUGCUGUUGACCACACAAUGUUGCACUCCUCACUGAUGUGCUCUGGUACCUUGUGACACAAAAUGGAAGAUAGGUAAUGACAGGGAAUCAUGCUACAAAACAUAAAGGUCUUGAGUUGACGGAUUCCCAAAAGACUUUGCCAGACAGUGCAUCUAAAUCCAAGCAUUUUUUUCACUAUUGUGGAACAUUAGGAGUGGUGUUAUUGUAGAGCUCUUCACAACAACAUGCCAAACCUUUUUUUUUUCUCUUUCAAGCGACAACAGCAGCUGAACCCCUCCUUUAGAGCAGUGCUCUUGGAGAUUUCACUCAUAAAUGCCCCAUAAUGUUUGCCCUAUUCACUUUGCAAUAAUAUAAGCACUAACAGAAACACAGUGCAGCAGUAUUUCUGCUUUAAAACAUGAGCUCUUCUUCUACAGGUAUACACUCUUUUUACUCUUAGCUGUAAAUAUUCUGUGUUUUUUUUUAAGGUGGUACCAAUUUUGGUUCCAGAGAGCUAAAAGAUAAAAGAUGCAUUUUUAUGUCUAGUACACUGCAGAUGAAACUGGGAUCUCACGUAUAGAAAGAUUGCGGAAUCACACUAUUUCUGUUAAAGAAGGAUUUUUUUCUUGUAGCAGUACAUAGAUAGGUAUUGCUGGCUGUGGAGAGGGUGGAUUGCAUUGUGCACAAACCAACACCUACAGUUUUGUUGUGUAUAUUAGGCCCAUAUUAGGUUUUAAUUGAUGUAAUUUAAUUGUCUAAAGUCUACAUACCCAUUUGGUAAAUUACUGAAAAUGAAAGAGAUGUUUAGCUCUCUCACAAACGCUUAAAUUGAGGUUGAUUGACGGUUGAAAAUAAUACGUACAAAAGUUUAAUUUGUGUUAAGUGUUAUGCUAAUUUAAAAUGAGCUAUGUUCAUUUUAUAAUGCAUAAGCACAUCUUAAAAGUACCUUACAAUCAAGAAAAAGAUGGAAGCACAUUGUUCCUAAUUGAGGCCCCUGAUUUAGCCAAUUUUUGUUGAGUGAGUUUGUGUCCAGUGUAUUUGAGGGUCGAAGGUGAUCAUCAGUGCAAUAGCUCAUUAUGUACAUUGCUGAAAUGUCUUUAACAUUCAAACAAUAAUGUCAUCAUGUGAAUUUAUCAUAUCACAGGUUCAUAAUGUCAUUACGCCGUAUACCUCACAGUGCCACACGCUACUCUGGAGUGAAAACCCCGGUAUGUACAGCAGGAGGUGGAGUCUGUGUCAACUGAAUUCUUGGUCAAGAUUUGAUUGUUUACAGUGAAGUGCUUUGUUUUUAAGUGACCUUGGCCCUGAUGGCAUAAUAAGUGGUCUGGAUGUUAACUGUAGCAGGUGGAGUAAGAGAAUACAGUGCAGAGGUAGAGGUUGCACUUUUUCCAAAUCUGUCUCUGUCUGAUAGAUCAACAUCAGUUUCACUGUGUAAACCGUAAACCCCAAGAAAACAAGGCAGUUGUUGAUAUAUAUAUGUUCCGCUUGUCUGCUCUCUCCUCACUUUCCACCUCCUUUGGUUUCAAAAUUACAGCUCACAGACAUUUCUGCUACAGCCUGUGGUCUAGUGUCUAUGUUUUGGUCUUCACCGUCCAAGUGUUGUUGAAUACACUCACAGUCUUGCACUGAUUGGUUUCACAAAGUGUAUCACAACAAAAUCCACAAUGACAACCCACAGGAAAAUGGUUUACAUAGUGACAGGCCACCUGAAGCAUUAUAUAAGUUCCAGGGCUCAGUCCUCCAAUGGUGAACUGUAGUUUAGAGCAGGUCAGUUGUAAUUGCAUCAUAACCACCAACACCACAAGCAAACAGUGAGAGGAUUUGUAUUCAGGAGCACAGCAGCAGCAGCAGCAGCAGCAGCAGCAGCAUGUUGCCAUUACUCAAUGCUACUAGCGUGUAUAUCUAUCAUACUUUAAAAAAGACAAAUCUAACAAUACAAAAAACAUAACUCAAAUGAGGUGAAUGAAAGGAAUGUGCAUUAAUAAAAUAAUA